UGAGUACAAGUCUUUAAAAUGUCUUCAAGUUUUGUGUACUGUGCACGCCUACCAAAAUGCAGGCGCGGCAGAACGUGAGUGCGAGUACGCUCACAUCCGGGCUCUAGACUUCUCGUGGACAUGGACGAGAGUCGCCCUAAACGACGGAAGGCUAAGGACGCAAAACGAAACAAGGCAGAGCUAGAAGCUAACUCUGAAAAUGAUUCUGACUCUGACGUUCCAGCAGGAAUGGAAAUACAAGUUGACUUUGAGGCUCUUCAACUACAUGCGGACGACUUGGACGGAGUAAGGCUGCUUUUACAGCAGCUGUUUGCCAAAGAGAUGGUAAAUGUUGCAGAAAUAGCUGAUAUGAUUGUGUCGCAGUCUCACAUUGGUAGCGUGAUCAAACAAGUUUCUUCUGAUGAAGAGUCAGAUGAUGAUGACAGCAGUGAUGAUAGUGUGUUCGGCUUUCUUACUGCCAUUAGCCUUCAACAUCCUAAAAGCAAAAAUUGUAUUGGCAGUUUGUGUGAAAUGAUAGAAAGCAAAGCAUCUCUUAGUGGCAGCAGUGAGAUAUUGUGUGCUCUAAGGGAUAAAGCGAAUUGUGUGGGGUGGAUUGUAAGUGAGAGACUUGUGAAUAUUCCACAUCAGAUCGCUGUACCUCUCUACAAAAAUCUUGUCAAAGAACUUAGAACAGCAAGGAAGGAGAAACACUUUGAUUUUAACUAUUUCAUGAUUAUGAGCAAAGGCUACAAGAGUCGACAAACUCAGGACAAGCAGACAAAAAAGAAAAGGGUGAAAGCCAAAGAGAUGGAAAACCAUAAAUCCAACAAUAUUGACCACAUUGACGGUGAAAUGGUGUACUGCAACACAGAAGAUCAACUGUUUAGUCAGGUAGCAACAGCUUCUUUGUGUUUUCCUGUGACUGAGGGUAGAGACUCAGCUUUGUCAGGUGACUGGAGUUAUGAUGAUUGUGAAUUGAAGCCGUAUCGAAUGAUAAUGCUUAUUGAAAGUAGCCAAUUUUACAGUGCAGCGAAUAAUGUAGGCGGGCUUUUUAGUAGCAAUUAGAAGAAUGCAAGUGCUACGCGUUACUGAAGAAGGUUGAUUAUAAUUUGAUUACAUUUUUGCCAUGUUGAAAUGCA